CACAUACACUCACACUCACACACACACACACGCACACACACACACAUCAGUCGAGAUUGGCACAGAGACGCAGCGCCACGACCACUCCGAUCAGUCUGUUGGGUACGGGCUGCUGAAACUUGUGCGCAGAGACAGAGAGGCGGAAAGAUCCAUCCAGCUCGUCCUAGAUAGUGGAUAGUGGAUAGAGGAUUUUUUUUCUUUCUCUCCCUUUUCCCCUUUUCCCCUCCUCCUCCUCCUCCUCCUCUGGUUUCGCGUUACAAAGCCUUGGGAGGGAGUUGCGCGGAGAGCCAGUCUCUCUGUGUAGAAACUGAAUGACAGGAUCAUAUGGCUCGAUUUGCUUUAGAGUCGAAACAUUUAAAAUAAUAGAGGAAGGAAGGGGAGAGAAGUGAGAGACCGUGGGUGAAUUCGUCAGAAAAUUGAUGAGGAUGUGGAAUAAUUCAUAACUCCGAUUCAAAAACAAACCCGAGAUAACGGAGAAAGAAGAGAGAGGGGAGGAAAGGAUACUGGAUCUGUCGUCAGAGGAAAGACGGAGAGGAAAGCGCAGGACGCGUUGCCUGUAAUCAUCACCACCAUCACCGUAAUCAUAAGCCCAAUGUGACCUUCAUCUGGGUUGCGUGUGUCUACUCAACAUUCACGAAGAAGACAGAAGAAGAAAAAAAACUGAAGGGGAGAUUAAGAAGAAAGCACAAAGACGCGUGAGGGAGGAGAAGAAAAACAAGUAAGAAAGUAAAAACAGAACAAAGGGUGGAGAAGAAAAACAGAGCAGCAUCUUUUCUGCCUCCUCUGAAACCUUCCUCGGCAAACAGCACGACUGGCAGAGUGAAUCAGAGGAGGAGAAGAGGAAAGAAAGGGAGAGGCUGCGAGAAGCCGGCUGCCCCCUUCGAGUCCCUCUGAUCAACUGAUUGAUCCCUGGAUCCGUUGCUCAACGCCAGCUCUGACAAAUGGGAUCUGACAUGGGAGCCAUGGGCGGGACAAAGGUCUUGCUCCUGGUGAUUCUGGUUGGAUGGGAGAAGUCACUGGGCCUCAACUGGAACCCAAUCCCACGCAAAACUAUUCGAUACCAGGAUGUGUUGGACAGCAUGGCGAGGUUCAGCGUUCAGGGGGUGUUCAACUACAGCAUGCUGACUCUGUCUGACCACGAGAGGGUUUUGUAUGUCGGAGCACGGGAGACGCUGUUCGCCCUGGACCCCAACGACAUCAGCAGACAGCUCCGACCACAGAUUGACUGGCCCGCCCCGCAGGAUAAGAAGAGAGAGUGUGUCGCUAAGGGGAAGAACAACCAGACCGAGUGCUUCAACUACAUCCGCUUCCUGCAGAGCUACGACCACACGCUCCUCUACACCUGCGGCACUUACGCCUUCCAGCCCAAAUGCGCCUACGUGAAUGCAGACUAUUUUACCCUCAACACUGCAGCCCUGGAAGAUGGGAAGGGCAAAUGCCCAUAUGACCCUGCCAAGGGGCACACUGGCCUGAUAGUGGAUAAGGAGCUAUACUCAGCGACACUUAACAACUUCCUGGGUACAGAGCCAGUCAUUCUGAGGAACCUAGGCCAACAGCAGUACAGCAUGAAGAGCGAAUACCUGCCUGCCUGGCUCAAUGAGCCGGACUUUGUGGGUUCAGCCCUGGUGAGGGAGAGCAGCGGCAGCAAGGAGGGGGACGACGACAAGAUUUACUUCUUCUUCAGUGAGCGAGCGUUGGAGCUGGACUGUGACACGGAGCUCACUGUGGCCAGAGUGGCCCGCGUCUGCAAGGGGGAUCUGGGUGGUACCAGGACCCUGCAGAAGAAGUGGACCACCUUCCAGAAGGCUCGGCUGGAGUGCUCCCUCCCCGAGCGUUACGUCUCCUUCAACAACCUGAGGGCCAUCUUCACGCUGCCCGGGCAGGACUGGCGCAGCACCACCUUCUACGGCAUCUUCCACGCCCAGUGGGGUGACGUGGAUGUGUCGGCUGUGUGCCAGUACCUGAUUGGUGAUGUGAAGGAGGUGUUUGAAAGAUCCUACAAGGAGUACAGGGAGGCGUCUCAGAGGUGGGGACGCUACAGCGGUCCUGUCCCCGUCCCACGGCCUGGAUCGUGUAUAACUAACUCAGACAGGGAGAACGGCUACAACAGCUCUCUGCAGCUGCCUGACGCCACGCUCAACUUUGCCAAGAAGCACCCACUGAUGGAGGACAAAGCUCUGGCUCGCCCCCUGCUGCUCACCAAGGGCGUCAACUUCACCAGGCUGGCAGUGGAUCGGGUCAGCGCCUUGGACCAGCGGGCGUACAACAUGCUCUUCAUCGGCACAGCGGAGGGCUGGCUGCAGAGAGUGGUGAUCCUCAACUCCGAGGCCCACGUGAUAGAGGAGAUCCAGCUGUUUGAGACGCCCCAGCCAGUGGACAGCCUGACCAUCUCCCACUCCAAGAAGUACUUGUACAUUGGCUCUCGUUCAGAAGUUCUCCAGCUGCCCUUGGCUAACUGCAGCCGCUAUCAGUCUCAGCCAGACUGCCUGCUUGCCCGGGACCCCUACUGCGCUUGGGACAGCGAGGGUCGGGCCUGCGUCCGCAUCGACCUCCACCGCGGGUCCACCUCCUCCCUGUCACAGGACCUCAUGCUGGAAAGGUUCAGCCGAGGAAAAGCCAAGUUCGAUAAGCCUGUCUCCAUCCCGAGCCCUGAGCACUCCCGUCUGAGGAACGUAACGGUGGUCGUGGGGUCUGACAUGGUGCUGCCUUGCCAGCUGGUCUCCAACCUGGCUCAGCCCUGCUGGGUUCUCAAUGACCGUGAGCUCCAGCUGGGAGACCCCGAGGCCGGAGGGCCACGCUUUGAUCGGACCCUCAAAGCCCUCGUCGUCCCCGAAGCAGGCCAGAUGCAAGCCGGCCGCUACAUCUGCUACUCUGAGGAGCAGGGGGUCAAGUUUCAGACGGAGCGCUACCAGGUGGCCGUGGUAGCCAGCGCUCCGGUCUUCAUGGAGGCCCGAGCUCCAGACAGCAGCAUGGGGCUGUUCUGGGUGCUGGUCAUCACCCUCGGGGCGGCGUGCCUGCUGCUCCUUGUAGCAGCUCUUUACCUGCGCAGGAGGCUGAAGCUGGCGCUCGGAAAGGGAGCCGACAUGAAGCCUCUUGAGAGCACCCUGGUGUACCCCAUCACUCUGCCCAAGGAGCCACCCACCUUCGUGCCCAGCAAAAUGCCCAGCGACGAGGACCGCUUCUGGGAAACAGGCGCCAACUACUACUACUCAGACGGAUCACUGAAGAUCGUUCCCGGCCACGCCCUGGGACCCACUAGCGUCAGCAGCACGGCGUCUCCCAGCGCCAUUCCCGGCCAGCCCAUCCACUCCCCCAGCCGUCUCAGCCUUACCAACAUCCGAGGCUCCGGUAGCAACGGCUACAUCCGCCUCAACCUGAGCACAGCAGGGGAGGAGAGGGCUAGCGGUGCUGGCGCUGGGGGCGGCGGGCUGGGUGGCCUCGGCAUGAGCGGGAACGACUACUCCAGUCCCUUCAAGGAAGAGCUGAGACGCACUCUGCAGCAGAGAAGCGUGCUGCCCGACGCCAACCCAGAGGAGUCGUCCGUCUAGGCCUGUCCUCCUCCGUCUCCAUUCCCUGAGUUGGAAAAACAAAAACAACCAACCUACCUCCCUCCUCGUGAGGAUGCCUGCUCUCUCUCUCUCUUUCAGUGACAAGCUGUCAUUCCCCAUGUUGUCUCUCUCUCGCUCUGCCAAUGCCUGUUUGGCUCACUGUAGACAUUUAUAGCACACAGCAUGUUAAAUAUACACACUCAUACACCGCGUUCGCCAACAUGCGCUCCUGUAAUUAUUGUGUUCUGGGCAACGUCGCCACUUGUGUAAAUUGUGUAUUUAAUAAGGCUGAACGCAGAGAACACCUCAAGUAUGGAAAUCAAACACAGAGCGUUUACUGAAGGGCACGUUUCUUUUUACGUUGAGUGGAACAAGCGAGGCUUUUAGCCCCUGUGCUGAAACCAUUUGAGGAACAGCAAGUGCAACGUACCGGACAUAUUGAACUGAUUCUCUGUCCCUCUUUUCCUUUGAGACUUUUUUCAGCUUACUGCACUUAAAAAAACUGGAAGCGCGUCUUCCGUUUUUGUAUUUGUGAGCCAUGAGUGUGAGAGCGGUAUAAAAAAGACUAAUUAAUCUCAAAGCAAGACGACAAUCACGUCCCUUUAGCAGGAGCUCUCUGGGACAGAGAGGGGAGGAGAGAGAGCGAGAGACAAAGAGAGAGGAAAUUAAAUGGAAAAUGAAGUGAAUUGAAGUGAAAGGCGCAAUGGGGUUUUUCGAAUGAAGGACAAUCUCUCAAGACUUUCUCUGCUCAAUUUGUAUUUUUUUCCCCCACAUUGUAUUUACCCACGGAGAAAGUCCUCGAUCCCUUCCACUUUAAUUUGUUGUGAUGGUUGGUUUGUUAAGACUUUUCUCGUUGUUCUUUUCUUGACGUUGUUUUUCUAUGUCUUACGGACUACAGCAGUGUUCAAGCGGUUGUCAAGUGACUCACGGCUCACCUCUGUGAAUGACAAUGUGAGGGCGAGCAAGCCUACACGGCUCGUUCAGCCCUGCACGGUGACCUUCAAACGCACGUUCGAGUCCAAUAUACUACAAGUGCACUCCACAUUACAUUAACACGGUGUAGAACAGAUAUGUGUUUCGGUUGGGCUCUGUUGGACGUUGGACUCAUCUCCUUAGAAAACAAAAGGCUGUUUGCAUUCAGCUCUUUGCAGCAGAACAAUAAUUGCACACUUAAUUCCAAAUUGAAGUUGACAUGAAGACAUUAGGCAUGGAGAAUGUAGUUGAACCCUCACUGUUGCGACCGCUUUGGAUGUCUCAAUAAGUGCUUUAUAUCUUAUGUGUUUGGUGAGGGCGGUAACUUGCACUGACAAGACAGAAACUACCCCUCCCACGCACACACGCACACACACACACACACACACACACACACACACACACACACACACACACAUUCACACACGCUCGCGGUCCUUUGAAUGCCGACCAUCCUGGACUAGAGUGUGUUUGUGACGCACCCUUAAACCCCCAUGAAACCCCUCCCUCUUACCGAUGCCCAGAGACUGACCCAGGGCUACUGUGGACUCAUACAGAGGAAGAGCACUGUAAAACACACCAACACAAAAAGAACAUACCCACAAUGUUGAUGGAUGAAUGGACAGACAGACAGACUGAUUGUUGCUGUGCUGAAAAACUACCGGCUGCAGGCGGGAAGCAGCCAUGAACCAGUGACAGUGGUGGCUUUUGUUUUUUGGGACGUGUCUGUUGGGACCAGAGGAGCACAGCAAGAAGGAAGGAGAGGACAGAAUGCUUUGUUUUGCCUCACUGUGUACAGAUCGCUGAGAGAGAUGUAGAAUAUCAAAUAUGAUCCCAACGUUGAAGAGGUACUCAGCCAUCAGCACUCCAUCCUAGUGUUGCAUGAUCCUCUGCAAGUGGACUGUACAUCUUUGAUAUGAUCAUCCCUGUACAAGUGCAUCAUUUUGAUCGAUCGUUUUUGGACUUUUACAGACACUAAUAUUGUGGAAAACUAAUGCUCUCUUUGGAAAAAAAAAAACACGACUAAAUAUGUCUGAUUUUAUGGUUCAAGGAUUGUACAGGAAUUCAUGGCUGCAUUUCAACAUGUUUACUUUUUCUGUGCCUCUUCACCUUUUGAAUAAGCCAAAGUAGACUGCAGUUGCUUUUGUUCUUUUUGAAAAUACUUAAAUUAAUUUCAUUUGAUUCCAGAUCGAUAUUUAAAUCUCAGCAGUCCGUCCUCUUUCCGACACUGAGCUGAUGUCUGCACCGUUUCUGCAUAUUUAAUCUGCAGCUAAAUUUUUCCCUCAAGCAAAACGCAGAAAAGGCUCGAUGCUGAUGGACUUCCUGUUUGCUUCCUGUUUACAUGUCAGUCGUGAUCUGCUGGAUCCAAUUCUUUAUGCCCUCACUUUAUCAAAGGCUGAACGAUGUACCAAAACAUUACCCAUUAUUUAAUUUGUCAGCUCCUGAAAAACCAAAUAAGUAGCUGCUGAUCGGGACUAAAAUCUGCCCUCUUUGUAGUAUUAAUUUCCCUGAAGCAGAAUGCUAAAAACACAUUCGCUCUUUACACUGGUACUUGGUUAUGUCUUAAUAUAUUUCCCUUUUACAAUCAGGCUUUAACUUUAAUAUAACAUGUUGCAAAAACUAAAAAGAUAAAGAAAAACACAUCUCAAACUUGAAAAAAAAUGCAUGUGUGAUGCACUUUAUGUGCAUUUUCCUCGUACACAUUUGUUUGCUUGUAAUAUUUUCUCUCACACGAGGCUUAAAGUUCUGCUGUUUUUCUCACAUUAAUAUUUGUAUUAUUCUAUUAUCACCCCAAUUUUAUUUUGGCCCCAUUUUUGCUCGUCUGUAAUUGAUCUUUUAUGUUUGUUUUUAAAAUAUGUUAAGUAACUUAUUUCACUUGUACAAACAUGUUGAUAUUUAUUAUCAUUGUACAUAUGUCCUUAUUUUUUAUAAGUGUAUAUAUACACAAAUAAAAAUAGAGAUAUA